AUGGCAGGUAACACUCUGUCAGGUCAGUCUCGGUCUGAGAAGCAGGGCGGCUUCAUCAACCCCUCUUCCGACCCCGACCCGGAAACCAGCUCCGGGACCCAACACGGAAAUGGAGAUUCCUCACCUGCCGAGCCGGCAGAUGAAGUCUACCCCGAGGGCGGUACCCAGGCAUGGCUUGCCGUUGCGGGCUCCUUCCUCGUGUACUUCGCAUCAUUCGGAGUCGUGAACAGCUUUGGGUUCUUUCAGACCUUCUAUCAGCAAGAGUAUCUGAAGGAUUACUCGCCCACCGCCAUUUCCUUCAUUGGAACCCUGCAGAUCACCCUGAUGUAUCUUUCGGGCGCCGUUGCUGGAGCACUGUUCGACCUCUAUGGCCCCAAAUGGCUCUACCUGUUCGCAGCUAUUGGCGGCGCCGGCUCAAUGCUUGCGACAUCGUUCACGCAGCCAAACGCGAUUUGGCAGCAGUUUCUGGCCCAGUCUCUACUCUUUGGCCUCACCGUUGCUUACGGCGUGCAGCCCGCUCUCACUGUUGCAGGCCAGUACUUCCAUCGGAAGCGUGCUCUGGCAAUGGGAAUUGUUGCUUCGGGCAGCAGUUUUGGAGGAGUCUGCCUGCCAAUCAUGUUCUCCAAACUGAUUCCCAGGAUUGGAUUUGCAUGGACGCUGCGUGUCGGAGCCUUGAUCAUGCUCAUCUGCUACGCCAUAGCCAUAGCUGUCUCGUCUUCCAAGCGACCCAAGAGGAAGAUGAAAUCCCUGAGAGAUCUCCUUGAUUACAGAGGCUUCCUAGACAUUCGAUACUCAUGUCUCUCAGCCGGAGCAGUCAUUUCAAGCCUGGGCAUUUACGUUCCAUUCUACUACAUAGAGCCAUUUUGUGUCGCCCUCGAUCCGACCUCAACGAUUCGGCCAUACCUACUCCCGCUGAUCAACGCAGCGAGUCUUUUCGGCCGUAUUAUUGGCGGUCACGCGGCGGACCGCAUCGGACGGCUCAACUUUCUGUACCCCAUGAUUCUACUGUGUGGCCUCUUGUGCGUGGCCAUGUGGCUCCCUGCUACAACCCCUGGCGUUCUCGCCGGUUUUGCAUGCCUCUAUGGCUUUGCUUCUGGCGUGUUCAUCUCGGUUAUGCCUGCCGCCACAGGACAAAUCAUCCCUGCGGAAAACUUGGGGGCGAGGCUCGGAGCGUUUGGCACCGUCACCUCCAUCGCGUUUUUGACGGGCAGUCCAAUCGCCGGAGCAUUGAUUACGAGCGAGACGAGAGCUGGGUACCAUUCUCUGAUUAUCUUUGCAGGAUGCUGUCUGCUAGGAGGAGGCGCUAUUAUUUUCGCUGCUCGAGUACUGCACGACAGGAACCUCAAGAGCAAAUGGUAG